CCAAGUCGAGCGGCUCCACAACGUUUGCGGCUCCAUCGGCCGGAGCACGCGGUAUAGUUUUUUGUCAAAAUUCCGAGCGUUCGCGUCGCGUGAGAAGUGCGGAUUUUAUUAUUUUUCUACGCGAUGAUGGUUUUAUUAGUUGUGCUGUCCGAUGGGUAAUUUAUCGUUAUCGAUAAACGGCUUAUAAAUGUUAUAAUGACCAACAACAUGUUAAAACGUGCCAAAGACGAUUCGGACGCUUUGAAGAAAAAACCGGACGUUUUGACCAAAGCUAAGUUGAAAUUCUUCAACAUCGGCGAAGCGUUCAAAUCGAAUAAAACGCUUUCGGCUGCCGAUUCCAAUCAACCCAAAAGAGGCAUGGUUAAAUCCAAUACGCAGGUUAAUUUCGAACAAUACUACAGGAAAUCGCCGCAAAUAUACCACAAUCCCGAAUCGAGAAAGGAACGCAAGUCGAACCUUUUGCACAAGCAGACCUCCAUCGAUUCCUACCCGAUUAAAAUAAAAAUAACCGAUGAAAACGACGAGGUUAUUUGUAGUGCAACGAAAUCGAAUUUGUGCCUUGAUAAAUUAGAAGCGCCGCCGGUAGCCGAAGCGCUGGCGCUGGAGAAACCCAGAAAAAAACUCUCCUUUAAAUUACCUGAAAUAGUGGAAACAAUAACGAAUAACCGUAAAUUGAGCAUCGGCGGUUUGAGACACAGAAGUGGUAGUUACAAAAAUAUACGCGAUAUCAUCGAAAAGGCUUCGGCAAAACCUCAGGCUUUGAACAGAACAGCCAGUUUCAACGGGGUUUUGGAAAAAGAAGCCGGUUUCGACGACGCCGAACUAGAGAGCCAAGCUAUGCGCGUAGUUCGAACAGUAGGUCAAGCAUUCGAAGUGUGCCAUAAACUUUCGAUCAACAAUCCUGAAAACGAUCACCUGGAUCAGGACGAACAGGAUACGCUUACACAAGACUUACUCAGCGAUCGCCUUAGUGAUAUUACCAGUGAUAAACCGAAACGAGAUAUUUUAUCGGAAGGUGCUAGCGAUAGAGUGUCCUUGCCUCCUGAUGACUGCAGUUUCAGGGAUUUGGACACAGGAAAAUGUACUAGGACAACCGGUCAAUUGGAUGUGCUGCCUCCACCACCAAACAAUGUUAACUCCAAGAAUAUUAUACUGAAAUCUGCGGAAAUGUAUUCUUCUCCGUUGAGCGACGGUCUUACUACUGGAAGUGGCGAAAGCGGAGGAAGUUUACCACCGCCCGGGACAGCUCUGUCCACUCACCACGAAUUGCAACUCAUGCGAGAGCAGCUCGAGCAACAGACCCAGCAAACACAAGCUGCAUUGGCCCAGCUUCAAUUAGCCAGGGAACAAUUAGCCGCCGAGCAAGCGGCAAGACUGGAGGCGCAGGCCAGGACACAUCAACUUUUAAUACAUAACCGGGAACUCCUAGAUCACAUAGCGGCUUUGGUGGGUCAUUUGCAAGGAAGCGAAAAGUCAGGACAACAACCUACGCCUCCGCACAUGACCAUGCCUCAGCAACAGACCCCGAACGGCACGUCCUCAUCGGACAUGUACGAAUACGCGGACGCCGCCAAUUCGAUGAACUUCAAUCUGCCGGGCUUACCGGAGAACCGAAGCUCGGGCUCGUUCGUUCCCGCCUCGCCGCUGCGAAGCUCCUUCAAUCCGGCCGGAAACGUUUUUAAUUUCGCGUAUCCUCAGAGCCUGGAAGCGGCCACUUUCGAGAACCAGCUACUCCAAAAGUUACAAGCCCUGAACGCUCUACAGCCGUCUAAUCCCUUCGCUUAUCCGUUCUCGCAAUCGGUGCCCUAUUUGCUGCCGAAUUUGUACUCGCCGACUUUGAACGGGAACUUCUCGCUGCAAAAUCCACCGCAGAAGAACGUUUUCGCGCGACCUUUCGCAGGAGGAAGGCACAGCGAACCCAGGCAAUUCAACCCCAACUACUUCAACCAAUCGCCGCCUAGUAAAAAGGAUGAAUAUUACACGAAACAAGGAUCUGAUACAUAUCAGCAAAAAGAGUCCGAUUCGCCGAUUUAUCAAAAAAUCAUACCCAAAAGCGAGGCGAAAGCUGAAGCAAGUCUACGCGAAUCCAGUCCGAAUCCUCUCUAUCAAACCAUUACACCCAGAAAGCAGGGGGAGGAUAGCUCGAAGGCAAAAACGCAGGAAAAAUGCCAGGAUAGAAGACCAUUCAUCAAACCGCACUCGCAAAUGGGCACUCUAACCACCACCGAUGCGGAUGGGAGGCUCAGAGUCGUCGUUCCCGUUUUGUCCAAUUCGCGGGAAGAUUUGAGUGAAUCUUUCGGUAAUUUGAGGACCGAUGAUAGAUACAAGUCUUUGCCGAGAGCCAGUGAUAAAUGUUAUUAUAAAAGCAGCAAUCAGCAGAACACGUUAGUGAGGCAUAAAACUAAGUGAAUUCGUGUGGAGACGUUUAAUUGAGCUCGGGAUGCUAUUAAAAAGGAGUCGAGUUGGAGUUUUAACGGGCCCUGCUCUAUAAAAGUUUGAUAAAAGCUAAAUUAAACUGAAAAAUUAAUCAAUUAAUUUAGGAUACAAGAAUGUUAUCAUGUUUUGAAUUAAAAAUCGUGUCGAACUGUAAAAAUGAAUGUAUAAAAGUGUUGCAGAUAUAUUCAAUAUCUUGUACAUUCCUUUAUUUUAUGUAAAAAUGUAAUUUUAUUCCAAUAAUAGUUUACUGAAAAUAAAAAUAAAUAUGAGAACGAAUUUAGUGUAGUC